GGCUGUGUCCGGCACAUUGUCCGAAAUGGGUACAUGGAAUGCCGAAUAUAUACACCCAAAGUCUAAUUAAAUACACAAAAAGAAGCCCCCUUUAGGGUACAACCUUGAGCGUUGCCGAAGAAGCCGUGCAAGAGAGUGGUUUGGGUGAUUGUUGCGUGGAAAAGCCUUCGCAUUGGGUUAUGACGUUGGGGCUGGGACCCUGGUCAGGCAGAGGGAACCCCGCGGGCAUCCGUUCUGGUGAUGCGCAGCCUGCAUCGCAAACACUCCCACGACAUGACACGCGUUCUCCUGGCUUAGCCGCUGCAUCACCAACUUACUUGAUGCGCUAAAUUGAUUCUCUGCUGCUCAACUACACCCUUGUCCUUGACAUGACGGCUCACCUCUGCAAGCUUCGCGAUUACCCGUUUACUUAGCCACCCGGUGCCUGGAAGCAAAUACUGGCCACUAAUCCUGAACGCAGACCUUCAAGAUGAUCGUCAACAUAGUGCUCGAGAAUCCUCACGAGCACUACACGAAUCUCGACGUCAUCCAAGGCAGAGUUCUUCUGCGGGUGCCGAAUCCUACCAACAUUAGCAGCAUCAUCGUGAAGCUAGAAGGCGAAAGCAGAACGCGACUGCUGGCACCCAUACAUCCAAACAGACCAGACAAACAGCGACCAGUGCUGGAAGUCCACAAGUUCCUGUACAAGACACAGGUGGUGUGGCCGACGAAUGUGCGCCCUGAAGAUGUCGCCCAGAAUCCGAAAGCAGCCUUCACCAUCAACGCCGGGUCCUUUGAGUACCCGUUCCAGUUCAAGCUUCCUCUCAACACGCAAUGCCAGCAGACCAACAAUCCCAUCUCCAACGUUUCCUUUUCGAACGCGAUACCCGAGUUUGCAAAGACGCCGACACAGCACGUAAAGGCGACACUGCCUCCCACACUGGGUGGGUUUCCGGGCGAGGCAGAGAUACGAUACUUUGUCAAGGUCACAGUAAACAGGCCGCAGUUCUUCAAGGAAAAUCCGAGGGCAAUUGCGAACUUCAAUUUUCUUCCAAUUGAACCUCCGAGACCAGACAAGACAGACGGCGAGGCGUAUGCGAGGCGACAACAUGAGUUCCUUGAGAAUGCCCCAAGCGUCGCGGCAGGCAAACGAAUGAGCUUCUUCGAUAGAAAGAGCUCGACAGGAAGUGCUCCGCCAUCACCGACGACAGGCAGUGUGCCACCUCGGAUAGCCAUUGAUGCCCGAUUGCCCAAUCCUGCCAUCCUCACUAGCAACCAAGACUUACCGCUGAGACUACUUGUGAAGAACGUCAGCGCGCGCACAAAGAACAUUUAUCUGCAGAUGCUCCAGAUUGAGCUGAUAGGGUAUACCAAAGUACGCGCGCACGAGGUAUCACGUACAGAGUCAAACAGCUGGAUCCUGUGCUCUUUCAGUAACAUGGCUAUUCCCAUUGGAAGUCCCUCUGACCCUCUGGAUACGGAAGUGCCCAUUAACGCCGAGUACUGGUCUGAGAAGCCUGUACCCAAUACGGUGCCACCCACCUUCACGUCAUGCAACCUCGCGCGUUUCUACGAGUUAGAGAUACGUGUCGGCGUUGGCUACGGGAGCUACAAACACGGUGAAGAUCAGCUCAUCGUCUUACCCCUCCGACUACCAGUCAAGGUCUACUCGGGCAUCGCGCCACCCAAAGCACUCCUGGAGGGUGGUUUCCCUGCAGAAAAGCUAACCACACUUGCCCCACCACCCCAAGCAGCUGCUCACACACCAACGACGCCAACCCAAGGAGGCUUCAACGCACCUAACGCGUCUUUCGGACAGCCAGUACAGCCCCAGCAUGCUCCCGCUUAUGACGAUGCCCCACCGAGCUACGAGGACGCGAUUGGACAGGAUCUUCCCCCGAUCAAUGGUUACAGAGGUAGUUACCAGCCCCCUCCUGCACCCGAAGGCGCGCCCAGAUUUUCCGACGAAAAGAGAAGAUGAGGAUGCGGCUUUCGUAUCGACAAUGUGCAGCCUAGCUGU